GUUUGAUACGAUGAUUAGAAUAUAACCAAAGUGGCAUGCUGAAUUCGCCAUAAUCAAGGAACCUUUUCCGGGUGGGGAACCUCAGAAAUUACUCAGUGAGCAACCUUAAUUAACCUGAUUUUUUGCUGAUAAUCACUCUCAAUGGAAUCAAAUCACAAAUCCGGGGAUGGAUUGAACGGCACCCAGAAGGAAGCAGCACUCCGCGCACUGGUCCAACGUACAGGAUAUAGCUUGGUCCAGGAAAAUGGACAAAGAAAGUACGGCGGCCCUCCACCAGGCUGGGAUGCUACACCUCCAGAAAGGGGCUGCGAGGUUUUCAUCGGGAAACUUCCCCGGGAUCUUUUUGAGGAUGAACUCAUACCGUUGUGUGAAAAAAUUGGUAAAAUUUAUGAAAUGAGAUUGAUGAUGGAUUUUAAUGGUAACAACAGAGGCUAUGCAUUUGUAACAUUCUCAAAUAAGCAGGAAGCCAAGAAUGCAAUCAAGCAACUUAAUAAUUAUGAAAUUCGGACUGGCCGUCUCCUGGGAGUCUGUGCCAGUGUGGACAACUGCCGAUUGUUUGUGGGAGGAAUCCCCAAAACCAAAAAGAGGGAAGAAAUAUUAUCAGAGAUGAAAAAGGUCACAGAAGGAGUUGUUGAUGUCAUUGUCUACCCAAGUGCUGCUGAUAAAACCAAAAACCGGGGCUUUGCCUUUGUGGAAUAUGAGAGUCACCGAGCAGCCGCCAUGGCUAGGCGGAGGCUCCUGCCAGGAAGAAUUCAGUUGUGGGGACAUCCUAUUGCAGUAGACUGGGCAGAGCCAGAAGUUGAAGUUGAUGAGGACACAAUGUCUUCCGUGAAAAUCCUAUACGUAAGGAACCUUAUGCUGUCUACCUCAGAAGAAAUGAUUGAAAAGGAAUUCAACAGUAUUAAACCAGGUUCUGUGGAAAGAGUGAAGAAGAUCCGAGACUACGCUUUUGUGCACUUCAGUAACCGAGAAGAUGCAGUUGAAGCCAUGAAGGCUUUGAAUGGCAAGGUGCUGGAUGGCUCCCCCAUAGAAGUGACCUUGGCCAAGCCAGUGGACAAGGACAGUUAUGUUAGGUACACCCGGGGCACCGGUGGCAGGAACACCAUGCUGCAAGGGGAAUACUCCUACCCUCUGAGCCAUGUUUAUGACCCUACUACAACCUACCUUGGAGCUCCUGUCUUCUAUACCCCCCAAGCCUACGCAGCCAUUCCAAGUCUUCAUUUCCCAGCUACUAAAGGACAUCUCAGCAACAGGGCUCUCAUCAGGACCCCUUCUGUCAGAGAAAUUUACAUGAAUGUCCCUGUAGGGGCUGCGGGGGUGAGAGGACUGGGCGGCCGUGGGUAUUUGGCAUACACAGGCCUGGGUCGAGGAUACCACGUCAAAGGAGACAAGAGAGAAGACAAACUCUAUGACCUUCUGCCUGGGAUGGAGCUCACCCCGAUGAAUACUGUCUCUUUAAAACCACAAGGAAUUAAACUUGCUCCUCAGAUAUUAGAAGAAAUCUGUCAGAAAAAUAACUGGGGACAGCCAGUGUACCAGCUGCAUUCUGCCAUUGGACAAGACCAAAGACAGUUAUUCCUCUACAAAGUAACUAUCCCAGCGCUGGCCAGCCAGAAUCCUGCAAUCCACCCUUUCAUACCUCCGAAGCUAAGCGCCUAUGUGGAUGAAGCGAAGAGGUACGCUGCGGAGCACACUCUACAGUCACUAGGCAUCCCCACAGAAGGAGGGGACGCUGGGACUACGGCACCCACAGUCACAUCUGCCACCGUGUUCCCAGGAUAUGCUGUCCCCAGUGCCACCGCUCCUGUGUCUACAGCCCAGCUCAAGCAGGCAGUGACACUUGGACAAGACUUAGCAGCAUAUACAACCUAUGAGGUCUACCCUACUUUUGCACUGACCACCCGAGGCGAUGCAUAUGGAACCUUCUGAAGAUCCCUUUCCUGUAAGAAUAAGCCUUUGUAGAAGGAUCUGUAGAAGAUACGAACCUCUAACCAGAUCCCUAAUGAUCACAAGUCAUACCUUCCCCACAGCAAUGCCUUUUCUGAGACCACAGGAUUUACUCAUCGUAUUACUUAUGAAAUGUGAAUAUUAUUCUUCAACAAAAUCGAAUGUUAAGCCUUUCGCUUAACAGAAACCUAAAGAUCCAUGGACAGCAAAAGUUGUUCUUCCAAGGAUCCUGAGUGUCUCAGGAAGAGGAUAACACCCUGAAAAAUUAGCAUAUGCUCUUAGUACCAAGAUCUGGGCAGUCAGUAGUGAGGCACAGCCAGUAAAAUGCCCAUCUCAGUCACUGGCUGGCAGCUGCUUCCUCAUUCACAGAAUUUAGACACCAGAAGAAAGCAGGAAGCUCUGUAAGAGGCCUUCAGCAUUGCAUACAGUGUGGGGUAUGAUCCCAGGCUGAGCUUAGCAAAGCUAUCUGAAAGUUAUAGGUUCCUUCUCACUUUGGGGCUGAACAUUGCACACUGUUCACCUGUCAUAGGUCAGCAUCCUCCUGUCUGUGCAACCUCUGGGGACUUUCUAGAAAUCAGUACAAUGUAUUUCAGAUAUGCUUGAGAAAAGUCCAAGCCCUGUAUUUAUUCAACUCUUUAAGCCACUGCUUUCUUUCAGAAUCCUUACCCUGCCCAAGGAUUCCCAAAUUGCAGAAACCAUGCCAGUACCAAGCUCUAGAGUGAAAGAUGACUUUUUUUUUUUUUUUUGGGGGGGGGGGUCUGGAAAUUCUGACUUGUCCGUACUCAUUUGCUUUCAUCUCAGACUCAUUUUGCUGAUCUCAAACACUAUAAAGUAAAUCAGAUCUACAUAAAAAUCACUAUCAUAAUUUCAUAAUCAGAAAGCUGACCAAAAAGUUAUUUCAAAGAGAAAAGUGAACUUGCUUGGCUUUUGUCUCGCUGGGUAGCCCAGGCUGGCCUUGAUCUUGAUCUUGUGAUCUGCCUCUGCUCCUCUCAUGCUGGUGUUGUUUAUACACAGCACCAUACUCAUCUCCAAGAAAUUGCAUUAAAAUUGAGGUUACCUUUGAGUUCUCUAUCCAGUUCAUAUUAAUCUACCAAGAAUCAUUGUCCAUCCCAUCUUUUGAUUGUCUUUCAAUAUUUGCAGCUGGCUUUACCAUGACUGAGUCCCUUUAUAGUGAAACUAUUCCAGGAAAGCCUUACGCCCAUCAUGGUUGCUUACAGACCAUCCUUUCAGCAUUCAGUAAAAAUGUGACUUUCCAAAAUGUCCCUAUUUAGACCAUCUGAUAGUGACUGGGGAAAGGAGGCUACAUAUAGGUAAAAAGGAUGUAAUGUUCUGAUACAAAUUAGGUAUAACUCCAGCCUUAUUAGGGAUUUUAGGAGAUAUGGCACUUGAAUUCCCAUUUAAAAAAACAAAAAACAAAAACAAAAAGCUUUUGGCUCUUGUGAAAGUCUGUAGAGUUCAAGAGACAACAAAGACAAAAGUACAGAAAAUAUUGUCAACUCCUUCUUGGAAUUCUGGAAUCGAAAAUCAGGCCAAAUUCCAUCCAAUCAAAGCCAGGGAAAUGUCAACCAGAGUGGAAUACCUCAUAACCUUUAGGGUCUCAUAAUUCUAGCUAGACAUCGAAAGCCGAGGACCCCAGCUGAAACAGAAGGCUCGGGAUUCCCUGGACUAUGCCUUCUCUCUCAGGUUAUUGUGUUCCUACGAACAGGAACUCAUGAGGUUGGUAGCAUAUCCAAAACAAACUAAAGAGCUUUCAAUCAGUUAAGGCCAAGCUCAUGGGCCAAAUAUGUCAUAGAGUCUUGGCAUGGGGCCUCAUGGCAGUGUUUCAGAAAGACUCCUGUGUGGUUUGAGAAUGUAGCUUGGAGUGGGGCUGUUAGGGUCUUUGUAGAUCCACUCUGUUUCUUUCAUUCUUUCCUUUAUAAUUCAACCUGCACCAAAUACACAAUGCCUAUACAUUGUUUUAGUAAAAAACAAAUGGUCAUAAAGCCGUCAUUAUAGUCAUCUGACACAUGCUCUGAGCCUGAACAAAGUUCAUAUUGGCUUCAAAUUAAUUGUUAAGCCAAACUUUAAAAAGAAAAUUCAACUUCCCUUAAAGUAAUUUUUAUAUUCAAAUUUAUACUCACCAUAACCUGUUUUUAUUCAGAGAGAGAGAGAGAGAGAGAGAGAGAGAGAGAGAGAGAGAGAGAGAGAGAGAGAAUUACAUUGACACACAAAUGUUCUCUGGCCAGGAAAAUUUCUCCUCCGCCUGAGAAGACAUUUCAAAUUCUACCUGAGAAAGUUUUACAUUUCUUUAAAGUUCCUCAAAAAUAAAUAGCAAAGGGUUCACUACAUGUUUUCUCAAGAUAGAAGAUGCUGUGGAAGAUUGAAAUCCAUUUAACAGGAAAAGAUAAGUGCAGGUAAUACCAUCAUCAUCCACUAAAAACAUCAGCAACAUAAUACCAAAUGCUACAAAAAAAAAAAAAAAA